UGGAUUUCAGUGAAUGAACAAUGUUAUCAAGAUGUUUGGAUUUAAACGUUCUUUCGUGAAAAUUAUUUUACUCUUGGUAUUCGCUAUUCAAUUUUGCACCUUCGAUAGUGUUGUUUUAUGGUAUAUUUUUACUUGUUCUCUAUAUGUGUCGUGUGUACUAAGUAUACUCACAUACGAUCAUGAUUAUUGGAGGCUUAAAGGGAUAUUUUCACCCCCUGCGUGGCCUCUGGUGGGACACAUCAGGACUGUUGUUGCCUUCAAGGAACAGGGUGGCAUGUGUUUCAAGAGGAUCUAUGAUAAGCAUAAAGAUAAAAAGUUUAUAGGUUGUCAUCAGUUCUUCCAGCGCACGCUGGUAGUGCACGAUCCGGAGCUGAUAAAGAAGAUCUGCUUAAAUGACUUCCAUCACUUCACCGACAGAGGUUUCUUCUUCAACGAGGAAGUCGAUCCGCUCGCCGGCUCCGUUCUCUUCCUCAGAGGGAAUGAGUGGAAGACAUUAAGAGCGAAGAUAUCGCCAAUAUUUUCUCCUAAUAAAUUAAGAGGAAUGUUUCCUCUAAUAGAGAACACAGCUAAAGAGUUUAGUAUACGUAUCAAAGAAUUGAUAUCAAAUAACAGAACCAAAAAUGAUAGACACCUAGAUGACGAAGACAUGAAAAAAUUUGGUAGAGAUAAUGGAGCAAUGGUGGAUUCAGAGAAACUGGUCGGAGGAUAUACAGCUGAUGCAAUAGUACCAUGUGCUUUUGGGUUGAAGAGUACAGUAAUGGAUAACCCUAAUGAUCCUUUCGCUGUUGCCUUGCAAGCUUUCUACGAAAUGAGUUGGUUUAAUAUAUUUGAAAAAACAAUGCGUCAGUUCUGGCCAGCUUUUGUCCUGUUCUUCCGCAUGAGGAUCAUCCCGAAGAAGACACAUGACUUCUUUUAUAACAUCGUCACAAGCGUUCUUCGUGCAAGGGAAAGCGGUGUUCAGGAAAAACGUGGCGACUUCAUUGAUAUAAUGAUGACGCUGCGUAGUGAUGAUAAAAAUAACAACUCGUUUAAAUCAGAGCCCGAAAACGACAUAGAAAUAACUGACAUGGUUAUCGCCGCAAAUGCAUUUAUAAUAUUACUUGGAGGCUUCGAGACAACAUCUUCGACGUUGGCCUUUCUUUUUCUGGAGCUCGCAGCUGAUCAGAGAGUUCAGGAGAAGAUGAGGAGAGAAGUGAGAGAGGUGAUGGCGCGGCAUGAUGGCAACAUGGCGUACGAGGUGUUACAAGAACUGACCUAUAUGGAAAUGGUUAUUCAAGAGACGCUGCGACUGUACCCGCCUUUCCCCAGCAUUCAGCGGAUGUGUACAAAGGACUACACAAUACCGGGGACAGAUAUUAUCGUUGAAAAGGGCACAAUAGUGCUCUUUCCCACUCUUGGAAUACAAAGAGAUGAACAGUACUUCGAGAACGCGUCAGGAUUCGUGCCGGAGCGUUGGGCAGACGAUAGACCUCCACCACCGCCUGGAGUCUACAUGCCUUUUGGAGACGGACCACGCUAUUGCAUUGGUAAACGCUUCGCUAUGAUACAAAUGAAGUGCUGUCUUGUGAAAGUCCUACAGCACGUUAGAAUAACCCCAUUGCUUCAGGGAAGAAAUGGCAAAGAACGGAUUGAACCAUUCGAGGCUGAUCCCCGCUCUCCCCUCACACUACACCCCCUUGACUCUAGAGUGAAACUUACCCUUUUAUGACAAUAGAUUAGCAAGCUCAAAUUA